GAUAAAAAAAAUGAUGCAAUCUGGUGUUCCCCUCUGCAACAUUUGUGGGGAACAAUUGAAGCAUGAUGAUAAUGAGGAGGUGUUUGUGGCUUGUCAUGAGUGUAAUUUCCCAAUUUGCAAGGCUUGUUUUGAGCAUGAAAUCAGUGAGGGCCAUAGGGUCUGCUUGAGAUGUAGUACUCCCUAUGGAGAGAGAGCAAAGGAUGAUGGAGACGACGAUGGCAUAAAAGUUCUAGAAGAUCAAUCCACAAUGGCUUCCCAGUCCAAUGACCCUAAUCAGCCUCAGGAUGUUGGACUCCACGCUAGACAUGUCAGUUCAGUGUCCACAGUUGAUGAUAGUGAUGUAAAUGAUAAAACUGGGAAUUCAACAUGGAAAAGUCGACUACAAAGCUGGAAGGGAAAGGAGAAAAAGAACAAGAAGAAAAAGGCUGCACCUAAGGCUGAAAAUGAGUCCUCAGCUCCACCAGAGCAGCAGAUGGAAGGAAUACAGCCCACAGAAGCUGCUUCUCUACCACUUUCAGUACUUAUUCCAUUAUCGAAAAGCAAAGUGGCACCCUACAGAACUGUGAUCAUCAUGCGACUAAUAAUCUUGGCUCUUUUCAUUCAUUAUCGAGUUACAAAUCCUGUUGAUAGCGCUUUUGGUCUUUGGUUGACAUCUAUCAUCUGUGAGAUCUGGUUUGCAUUUUCAUGGGUGUUAGAUCAGUUCCCUAAAUGGUUUCCUGUUGACAGACAAACUUUUAUUGAGAACCUUUCUGCAAGGUUUGAAAGAGAGGGUGAACCCUCUGGACUUGCUUCAGUUGAUUUCUUUGUCAGUACAGUGGAUCCUAUGAAAGAACCACCACUGAUCACAGCGAAUACAGUGCUUUCUAUCCUUGCCGUUGACUACCCGGUUGAAAAAGUAUCUUGUUAUGUGUCAGACGAUGGUGCUGCAAUGCUCACAUUUGAGUCUCUUGUGGAGACAGCUGAAUUUGCAAAGAAGUGGGUGCCAUUCUGCAAAAAGUUUUCAAUUGAACCAAGAGCACCUGAGUAUUACUUCUCACAAAAGAUUGACUACCUCAAGGACAAAGUGCAACCUUCUUUUGUGAAGGAACGCAGAGCGAUGAAGAGAGACUAUGAAGAGUAUAAGGUAAGAGUUAAUGCUUUGGUAUCUAAGGCUCAGAAAGCACCAGAAGAUGGAUGGACUAUGCCAGAUGGAACACCUUGGCCGGGAAAUAAUUCACGCGAUCACCCUGGCAUGAUUCAGGCUUUCCUUGGACACACCGGUGCACGUGACAUAGAAGGAAAUGAACUUCCCAGGUUGGUUUACGUUUCCAGAGAGAAAAGACCAGGAUACCAGCACCACAAGAAAGCUGGUGCUGAAAAUGCACUGGUAAGGGUGUCUGCAGUUCUCACAAACGCUCCCUUCAUUCUCAAUCUUGAUUGUGAUCAUUACGUUAACAACAGCAAGGCCGUUCGGGAAGCAAUGUGUUUUCUCAUGGAUCCAGAAGUUGGUAGAGACGUGUGUUAUGUACAAUUCCCUCAAAGAUUUGACGGUAUUGAUCGUAGUGAUCGAUAUGCCAAUCGCAAUACAGUUUUCUUUGAUGUUAACAUGAAAGGACUUGAUGGCAUUCAAGGACCAGUAUAUGUGGGGACUGGAUGUGUUUUCAAUAGACAUGCACUUUAUGGCUAUAGCCCACCUUCUAUGCACAACUUACCGGGAUCUUCAUCGUGCUGUUGUGGUGGCCGCUCAAAGAAGUCCACUGAAGAUGUCUCGCUGGCUUACAGAGAUGCAAAGAGGGAUGAACUUAACGCUGCCACUUAUAAUCUCAGUGAGAUUGACAGUAAGUAUAAUUUAUUUAUUUUUCAAUCUGUGAAAGAGAAGCAUAUAACAAAGUCUUUUUUGUAUAAUAUUUUUCUGGUUUAUUUUCUUCUUGCAGAUUAUGAUGAACAUGAGAGGUCAAUGCUGAUUUCACAGAUGAGCUUGGAAAAAACUUUUGGCUUGUCAACUGUUCUAAUUGAAUCUACACUAAUGGAGAAGGGAGGGGUUCCUGAAUCAGCAGAUCCUGCAAUGCUGAUCAAGGAGGCUGUUCAUGUAAUUAGCUGUGGAUAUGAAGAGAAGACUGAAUGGGGAAAAGAGAUGGGCUGGAUUUAUGGUUCAGUCACUGAGGAUAUCUUAACUGGGUUCAAGAUGCACUCUCGAGGAUGGAGAUCAAUUUACUGCAUGCCUUUGAGGCCUGCAUUCAAAGGAUCAGCACCUAUCAACUUGUCCGAUCGGUUGCACCAAGUCCUUCGAUGGGCGCUUGGAUCAAUUGAAAUUUUCCUAAGCAGACAUUGUCCCCUCUGGUAUGGAGUUGCUGGAGGCCAUCUCAAAUGUCUGCAGAGAAUGGCUUAUAUAAACACCAUAGUCUAUCCUUUCACAUCUCUUCCUCUGAUUGCUUAUUGUACAUUGCCAGCCAUUUGCCUUCUCACAGGAAAAUUUAUUAUACCAGUGCUUUCCAACCUUGCAAGUGUUCUCUUCCUUGGACUUUUCCUCUCCAUUAUAAUGACUAGUGUGCUUGAGCUUCGCUGGAGCGGUGUUAGCAUCGAGGAUUUGUGGCGUAACGAGCAGUUCUGGGUGAUUGGAGGUGUCUCAGCACAUUUGUUUGCAGUCUUCCAAGGAUUGCUCAAGAUGUUGGCUGGUGUUGAUACUAACUUCACCGUCACGGCCAAGGCCGCUGAGGACGGCGAGUUUGGUGAUCUUUACAUUGUGAAGUGGACAACUCUCUUGAUUCCUCCAACAACCCUCAUCGUUGUUAACAUGGUUGGUGUUGUUGCUGGAUUCUCUGAUGCACUGAAUGGAGGAUAUGAGUCAUGGGGACCACUCUUUGGGAAGGUGUUCUUUGCCUUCUGGGUGAUUUUUCAUCUCUAUCCAUUCCUCAAGGGUCUCAUGGGUCGCCAAAACAGAACUCCCACCAUUGUUAUUCUCUGGUCAGUGUUGCUGGCCUCUGUCUUCUCAAUGAUUUGGGUCAAGAUAGAUCCAUUUGUGAACAAAGUUGACAGUGAAACCAUUGCUGAGGCAUGUGUUGCUAUAGAUUGUUAAGUCACUACAAAGAUUAUUUACCAAAGAGUUUCUGAAAAUAUUUAAAAAGAUACAUGGGGUGAUGAUUUGAUCCUCAGUUUGUGCAAGUCAUAAGGAUUAGUCCUUUGCUGAGCUGUGAAGGUGAAGCCAUUUUGAACUAAGAUUGGAAAUAUUUGUAAGAUUUGGACAAAUUUUCUGAUUAUAGGAUAAAGCAUUGGCCUAAGUAUAUCAAUUUGAAAAGUAGUGAUUUUCUGUCCAUUCAGAAAAUGAAUGCAGGUGGUUGUUAAUUCUUUUUAGUUGCUAUUUUGAUCAUCAUGACAACAUUGGCCUUUGAACGUGUGAAAUUUUCCUUCCAUGUAUUCUAUAUCAAGUAAAAAAUAGAUAUUUUAUUCAA